AUGGCAUCACAACCAAAAUCAUUAAAUGUAUUAAAAGUCAGAUUCUUUGAUAACUUAACGUCCUGUCUUAACGAAUUACUCAGGGACGGCAAGUUCCCUGAUAACUUAAAGAUCGCCAAGGUCAGUCCAAUAUACAAAUCUGGGCCCAGAGAUGAUCCGGGUAACUACAGACCCAUCUCGGUAUUGCCGGUUAUGUCCAAGAUAUUAGAAAGAGUUGUAUACACGCGCUUAUUAGACCACCUAAAUAAUAUAAACUUUUUAUACGAACACCAAUAUGGAUUUAGAUCAAAAUCUAAUACAUUAUCAGCUACAAUUAAUCUCAUUACAAAAAUUAAAACUAAUACCGACCAAAGGAAAAUUGUCCUUGUAGUAUUCAUUGAUAUAAUGAAAGCUUUCGACACAGUUUGCCACUCGCUUCUCGUAGAAAAGCUGGAAACGAUUGGAAUAACUGGCAAUGCCUUAAAAAUGUUCAAAUCAUAUUUAAAACAAUAG